CCAACCCAACUCAAUCGCACACAGUCUCUUUCUCCAACUUCAUAGCUUUCUCUCUCCACUGCUAAGACACGAUGAAGCAUUUGAUUCGCAGGCUUGCUCGAGUCGCCGACUCGUCUCAGUACACUCUGCUCAGAUCUGAUUCGCAGAGUCGUCGCCCGCGCCGAGUGCUGGCUGCCGCUGGGAGGAAUCGGAGGCAUCGCUCUAGGACGGCGUCGGCGUCGGAAGGUCACGUCCCGAUCUACGUUGGCGACGAGAUGCGGAGAUUCGAGGUGGACGCGGAGCUGCUGAACCACCCGAUCUUCGUGAAGCUUCUGAACAAAUCGGCUCAGGAGUACGGAUACGAGCAGAAAGGCGUGCUUAGAAUUCCCUGCCGCGUCCUAGUCUUCGAGCGCGUCCUCGAAGCUCUUCGUCUUGGACUCGACGCGCGUGACCUCCACGACCUCCUCUGCUCCUCGUCUGAAGAGUUUUGCUAGGAAUGAAUGAAGAAAAAGUAAGUUGAAGGAAACUAGGGAGGUUGAUGAAGCUGCACACAGUAUGUUAGUGAAGAUCAUUUUCUGUAAAUAUACCUUAUAACCUUGAAAGGAGCACAGAAAAUUUAGGUGUUUGUUAAUUGUGAAGUUCCCUUUUUCUUCUUGUUGCUCAGUGUAAAUGCGAAGAUGUAACCAAUUCGCUACUGGAAAAGCAACUAAGAAAUGAGAGUCUCUUGUUUGCUUUUUUGCAUCUGUCUCCUCCUUCCAUUUUUGUUUCUCGGGAAACAAACGGAAGAGUGAAACUGAAAAUUAAUGUACUGUACCCAAAAAAAGUAAAAAAGAGCUCCGCUUCAUGCA